GCCUGGCCAUGCGCAGCGGGACUUAUUCAGAUCCUCAAAACAUGCAGAAGACGAUUUCCAUCAAAGAGUUGUAAGUGCAUGGACUCGCGAUGAAUAGCGUUCGGCUGAUGGCCGACAACGUGACGUUUCGUCAGAGCGUAGAACAAUGCGUCGCGGUCCAGGUUUCAAUUCCUUGAAAACGCAUGCAAAGUCUGUGCAAAAAGUUGAGACCACACCUCCGUGAUGAGAAGAUGUUAAAAGCAGCCUAUUUCUGCACACUGCUUUUUCUUGCCCUUCGAUCCUGACUUUACGACUACUCACCCAAUAAUUCAACGGCUUUGAUAAACCUCAUCGCCAAGAUGAAGUUCUUUCUACCUCUCGUCCUUUUUGCUGUCGCAGCGACUGCCGCAAGCCCUGCUCUCCUGACAAAGCGCGCCGUGUAUCCUCAAGAAGGCCAAGUAUGCUGCAGACACGACCGGGCCGAAAACUGCAUCUGCGUCGCUCGCGACAAAGGGGAAUGCAACCGAGGAAUUUGCAUCAUGUAAUUACCAAUAAUAACAUACAAUAAAACCGCUCUUGCGUAUUCAUUUGUGGAAGAACUAGGGUGGCUCAUAGUCAUCUUCUUUCUGGUUAUGUGCUGGUCCCGGAUCUUGGCGGAAGUCCGGGGACUGUCGGUUCUGGAGCGCUCAGACGCGGUGUUUUAGGCACAGAACUGCGAUGUGCUCGGCUGUUUGGACGUUUUGCAUUCGGUCGCAGGCGGAUUCUGGAAUAAUCUGAGUGUAAACACAAAUGGCG